CCCCGUGGGAUUCAUGGCUGUUGUCAUCUACGGAGAUUACAAAGAGUGAUUUUCCAGGCAGCUGCCAUCUCAGCUUCUAAAUGGGCAUGGAGUAAACCUCCUCUUCAACUUGGAAGAAGUUACCUUUUAAAUUCGGCCAGCGGCACUAACCAAAAUGAUUUGGGUCAUCGGGAGUCUUCAGAUGCCUUCGACGCUACUACAUAUACCAGUCAAAUUACUGACAAUAAGAAAAGAAUUGAAGAAAAUGAAGCUAUUUCCUUCGAUGAUUACCCAGUAUAUGAUUCUGUACCACCAACAAAGACAAAUGCUACAAGCCCACAAAUUUUACUUAAAGACAAAAAGAUAGGCUUGAACCGAGAUCACCGAGAGCUACCUAGAUCUAGAAAAAAGUCAACAGCUCCUGAGAACAAAAUCUAUGAUGAUGUAGAAAUUUUUAGUACUUUGGAAGAUCCCAGAGCUUUUCAGCAGCAUAGACCAGAAUACAAAUCAAUGUGCUACAACUGCGAGUGUCCUAUGGAAACCUCUAUCGAGGAAGGUGAAAGCAUUCUCCAAAGAGUUACUAGUAGCCUCACAUCCAGCGAAGUUUCAGAAUUUUUAGAAAAAUUGAGUUAUUUACCUAAAGAAAAACUGGAGGCUAUCAAAUCAGAUGCACAAUUUAAAAUGCUCUGCAGAUGCAGCACUUCAUACCUUCGCUCGUACACAAACUCAGAAAUCAUCAGGAUUCUUGGUGCUUUUGUACGUUUUGGAAUUUCCUCACUCCACCUCUUGAUAAAAAAAUAUGAGCAAGAAUUCUGCCUUAGAGUCUGGCAUUUCUCUACCAAUGAGUUGUUGCUCGUGGCAGAUAGUUUUAGGUAUCUGCGUCUUGACGUGUCAAAGUUCUUGGACAUCAUGUAUGGCUGUAUGCAGCUACGUUGUUUGGACUUAAACUUGCCCCAGCUAAUGCAGCUGAUCUAUAUUGUCGGUGAGGGGAGGCAUGCACCAGAAGAAUUGCUAGAGAAAAUUGAGGCAAUGGUUCUGAAGUAUCUAACGUCCCUUAACAUUGAAGAAAUCGGUACAGUCUGCCUUGGCUUUUUUAAAACUAGCAACGGAUUAUCGGAACACCUCAUGGAACGAUUUGGCGAUAUCGCUGUAGAAAAUAUGGAGCAAAUGAGCAAUUACACCUUAGUGAAUAUACUUAAAAUGUUUAGAUUCACCCGUGUUCUCCACAAGCAGUUUUUCAGUCAAGUUGGAAAACAUGCCUCUAAACGUGUGCCUGAAGUGACAGCGCAGGGCAUCAUGCACUUUGUCUUGACCUUUGCUUCAAUGCACAUUCUUAAUGAGGACCUCAUGGAUGCCGUAGCCUUGGCUAUCCCUGAUAGGGUUUCUUACUGCAGGAGCAAGGACCUUGCUAAGUUCUUGUGGUCUUUUGGUGUCCUCAAAUAUGAACCACCAAAUUCCGAUGUCUUCUACUCUGUUUUUAUCAACCAAAUCCGUAAAAAUCUGGGGGAAUUUAAGAGAUAUCCUGAACAUUUCCUUACUUGCUUGAUGGGGGCUUGCUUUCUGUCAACAAUUCCCAUUCGAUCUGAUAAAUAUUGUCUUGAGUAAGACGUUCAUCAUGCACUCAACUAAAAUAAGUAUGUUUGAACUUAAAAAGGACCUCUUUACUAUUGCUGGUACUGUAGGAAUAGAAUGCCCUCAAUACACUGGUAAUACUAUCUCAGCUGAGUUCCGCAAUGAAGUAACAGACAUGCUUGUGGCGUUAUCAUCCCGGGAUAUUCACACGAGAGCAGAAGUGAUUGAAGCUGUAUUGUUGUUUCAGCAAGUUUUGGGUGGACCCCAGUAUGUAAAGGAACAUAUGAUUUUGCCUCAUACUAGGUCAAAAGAUUUAGAAGUCCACUUAGAUGCGACUAGGAAGCCUGUUGCUAUUAAUUCUGUUAAUGAGAAGCUUGACCGACCUUUAAUUAAAAACCGUAAUGUUAAAAUCACUGAUAUCCUCAUAAGUAAGUUAACAAAUAAAUCUAAUUUAACACCUACCAGCUUAAAGACCAGUGAGGUUGAGAAUCUGAAGAAUCUCAACAUUGUUGAGGACUUGUCAAUGACAACCUGCUCUGAGGAGAAGAAUGAAAAUCUGACUGGCCAGUCUGAGGUCAUCAAGUUGGCUAUCCAGGUUACCAACCGCAACCAGUACCUAUAUGGUUCCAAACAACUUUUGGGGCUCCAUGCUUUGAAAAGACGUCAGCUGCGUAAAUUGGGAUACGUAGUGGUUGAAGUGCCCUUUUGGGAAUGGUUUCCUCUUGUUAAACGUUCACGAUCAGAAAAACUGGCCUACUUGCACUACAAAGUGUUCAGCUCUGUUUAG